AUGGGAGAAGAGGGGCGGGCAUCAAAGUCUUCUGUUAGGGACAAACCUAAGGGUCAAGUUUUGUUUUGGCAUAUUGGAAAUGUUAGGAUGGAUGUGUCCAAUGAGGUAUCAGACUCUUUAAGAAGAUUGAAAAAGGCCAAUUGGCUUACUCAAUCAUUCCAACAGCUGAGAGAAGCAACAAAUGGAUCCAAGGACAAACUCGGCCGAGAUGCUUAUGGUACGGUAUAUAGCGGGGUUUUAAUCUUGGAGGGUCGACACGUUGAAGUUGCUGUCAAACAAGUAGAAGAGCAAGGUGAGAAAGAAUUUGUUACAGAAGUUCAAGUUAUUGCUCUGACUCAUCAUAGAAAUCUUGGGUUAUUGGGGUAUUGCAAUGAGCAGAAUCACAGGCUUUUGGUUUAUGAGAAAAUGGAAAAUGGGACACUUUUCAACUUCCUUUUUGGAGAAGGGAAUAAACCCAAAUGGGAGAGUUGA